UCAAGUUGAAGGAAAAAAAAGAAAAAAAGAAAAGACAGCCCUGAGGGAGAUGCCAAAAGGCCUCUUCUUUCCCUCAUUGGCUUUAUUUUCCUUCUUUUUUUUUUUCUUGAAUUUUGUUUUUAUUAAAAAAUCCAGUUCAAUUUUCACUUUUUAAUUUUUUUUUUUCUCAUUUGGCAAUCACUUGUAUUGUACCCUUCUGUUCUGUUAUGAUUUCUAGCUUCCUGGCAAUUUCCACAUCGUGAUCACAUAUCCUAGAUUGUGUCUAACUAAAAAUUCUCUCAUUUCAAUUGAGAACAGAAGAAAGCUUUUGAAUUUGCAUAGAAAAUGGGGGUUAUGUCAAGACGGGUUUUGCCCGUCUGUGGCAGCCUCUGUUUCUUUUGUCCUUCAAUGCGAGCGAGGUCAAGACAGCCUGUUAAACGUUACAAGAAGUUCCUUUCUGACAUCUUUCCUCGUAAUCAGGAGGCAGAACCAAACGACAGGAAAAUAGGAAAGCUUUGUGAUUAUGCUUCAAAAAACCCAUUACGAAUUCCUAAGAUUACAGAGACAUUGGAGCAAAGGUUUUUCAAGGAGUUGCGGCAUGAGAAUUUUGGAUCUGUGAGAGUUGUGGUAUGCAUUUAUAGGAAAUCGUUAUCGUCAUGUAGGGAGCAGAUGCCACUAUUUGCCAGUAGUUUAUUGGGGAUAGUGCGGACUCUUUUGGAAGAAACAAAGCAGGAUGAAUUGCGGAUACUGGCUUGCAAUCUUCUUGUCGACUUUAUAAACAGUCAGACAGAUAGCACACACAUGUUCAACUUAGAAGGCCUUAUUCCUAAGCUCUGCCAAUUAGCUCAAGAAGUGGGUGAUGGUGAAAGAACUCUACGCUUACAUUCAGCAGGACUACAGGCUUUGGCGUCCAUGGUGUCUUUCAUGGGUGAGCAUUCCCACAUCUCAAUGGAGUUUGACAAGAUUAUAUCAGUCACUUUGGAGAACUAUGUAGAUUCCCAGACAAACCAAGAAGAUCCCAAGGGAGAUCAAUGGGUCCAGGGAGUGCUUAAUGCAGAAGACAAGGAUUCAUCUUUCCCAGAUAUUAGUAAGAAGGUUUCCUUGCCAGGACACACUACCAAACCCGAUUUGGACCCCUCAAUGGAUACUUCCAGAAAUCCAUCUUACUGGUCUAGGGUCUGCUUACUUAACAUGGCCAGACUGGCAAAGGAAGCUACUACAGUACGGCGUGUGCUUGAACCUCUGUUCCUUAACUUUGAUGCCAAUAAUCAUUGGCCUCUAGAAAAAGGAGUCGCCUACCCUGUUUUAAUAUAUUUGCAGUCACUUUUGGAGGAAGCAGGAGAGAAUUCGCAUUUGCUGUUAGCUAACCUGGUCAAGCACUUGGAUCAUAGAAAUGUUGCCAAACAACCUCUUGUACAAAUAGAUGUUAUUAAUGUCACCAUGCAGCUCGGAAAGAAUGCAAAGCAGGAGGUCACAGUUGCAAUAAUUGGUGCAAUAUCUGACUUGAUUAAACAUUUACGAAAAUGCCUGCAAAAUUUGGCUGAAAUGUCCAGUUCUGGAAAUUGUACUGAUAAACAAUAUGCUGAUCUUCAGUUUGCCCUAGAGAAAUGCAUCUUACAGCUCUCCAAUAAGGUGGGAGAUGUGGGGCCUGUACUUGAUAAAAUGGCUGUGUUCUUGGAGAACAUUCCAGCUACUACUAUUGGAGCUAGAACCACAAUGUCUGCCAUUUGUCAGACAGCAAGGAUUAUCGCUUCCAUCCCUAGUGCAUCAUAUCAGAAGAAGGCUUUUCCUGAUGCUCUAUUCCAUCAGUUGCUCAUAGCAAUGGUCCAUCCAGAUCAUGAGACGAGAGUUGGAGCUCACAACGUAUUAUCCGUUGUGCUUAUGCCAUCCUUGCUUUCUCUUUGGUCAGACCAGAAUAGUAAAACAUCAGAAGCUUUUUCUGAAUUUUUUGGUUCAUGGCGGAAGUCAAGGGGUAAGAGUUUCUCCUUUCAGGAAGAAAGCAAGGAUAAGGCAGACUCCACGCAUGAAGGGUCAAGAGAUGAAAACAGUCGGAUAUUGGAUGUGGGUGCAAAAAGAUUUAGACAACAUGACUCUAAUGGUCACUCAAAUAUCCUUAAGGAUGCUACUACAGAUGGAAGAAGUCAAACUUAUAUCCGAUUAAGUAGUCAUCAAGUCAGUCUCCUGCUUUCAUCAAUAUGGGUCCAGGCAACAUCUGCAGAGAAUAAGCCUGCAAAUUUUGAGGCCAUGGCCCACACUUAUAACAUUGCUUUGCUGUUUACUCGAUCUAAGACUUCCAAUCACAUGGCUCUAGUUCGGUGUUUUCAGCUGGCAUUCUCUCUUAGGAGCAUCUCUAUCGAUCAAGAUAGAGGUCUACAACCGUCUCAUAGAAGGUCUCUCUUCACCUUGGCUUCGUACAUGCUUAUUUUCUCAGCAAAGGCAGGGAAUCUUCCUGAGCUAAUUCCUAUGAUCAAAGCAUCUCUGACAGAAGAAACAGCUGAUCCUUAUCUUGAGUCUGUGGGCGACAUCAGGCUUGCAGAAUCUGAUAGAGGGAAGAUGGUAUAUGGAUCAGAGGAAGAUGAUAUUGCUGCAUCAAAAUCUCUCUCAGCAAUAGAAUUGGAUGAUCAUCAAUUGAAGGAAACUGUGAUAUCUCAAUUAAUGACAAAAUUUACAAAACUGACAGAGGGUGAGUUAUUGGGCAUAAAGACGCAAGUUCUUCAGGAAUUCUCGCCAGAUGAUGCAUACCCAUUGGGAGCUCCCUUGUUUAUGGACACGCCGAGGCCAAGUUCUCCUCUUGCCCAAAUGGAGUUUCAGGCUUUUGAAGAGAUCAUGCCUGCAGCUUCCUUGACAGAUGAUGAAACCAUCAUUGAAGCUAAUGGGAGUCAGUCAGCUCGCAAAACAUCGCUUUCUGUCAAUACACUAGACAUUUUAAGUGUCAAUGAUCUUUUGGAAUCAGUCUUGGAAACUGCACGACAAGUUGCAAGCUCCCAGGUUUCCUCCACACCUGUACCUUAUGAUCAAAUGAUGUCUCAGUGUGAAGCUCUUGUCACAGGCAAGCAACAGAAGAUGUCAAUGCUUCAUAGCUUUAAAACUCAGCAUGAUGCCAAGGUUUUCCCCACGGAAGUUGAAAAAAGAGGCACCUCAGCAUUUAACGAGAUAGUGGAGCAUUCACCAAGUGAAUUGAAGCUAAAUAAUAACGAUCAAACUAAGGCAUCGGACCAGCUUGCCCUCUGCUCAGUCGAGUAUGGACCAAGUUCUUUCAAAUUACCACCUUCAAGCCCCUAUGACAAAUUCCUGAAAGCAGCUGGAUGUUAAAGAUUCACCAAUGUCUUUUUGUGUCUAUAUCGUGUUCAUCUUUUUCUUUUUUCUUUCCUUUCUUCGAGUUUAUUGUCCACCAUUUUGGCCUAUAUUCUUUGUCAGACCUUUUUUCUCCAUUUAUUUAUUUAGCAUUAAUCGUAAAUUCGUGUUAAGUUUAAUUAGAUGGCUCUGCUCUGCUCUGCGGCCCCAAAUGUAUGGAUGGGAGGGAAGGAGAGAAGUGGUAUUACUUGGAAGACAUGUCAUAGUGGCACAUUGUUUUGAACAUUAUAGGAAAUUUUUAUUUGUUAAUCACGUUGAUUAAUAGAUGUUUAUAUGAAUAUAAACACCUGCUGAUUUGUACUCAAA